CAAACGACCACUAAAAAGCUGGACAAGAGAACCGCUUUCAACGACAGAAUUUAAAACAAAAAUACCGCUUAACGCAAAUACCAAUAAUACUUCAUAAAUCACAUUCGAAUCCAUAAAUACGUCCCACAUCGACACCCACGCAGCGUCGCCAUGGCCGCGGAACAGAGAAAGCUGCUCGAGCAGUUGAUGGGCGCAUCGUCGACUCAGGCUGCCCAAGUCUCGCUUUCCGAUCCAAAAGUCUGCCGCUCCUUUGUGGCUGGAACCUGUCCGCACGAUCUCUUUACAAACACCAAACAAGACAUUGGCCCGUGUCCGUUGAUUCACUCAGAGGCUCUCAAGACCGAGUACGACGGGCUGACGGACCGCGAGAAGCACAAGUACGGUUUUGAAUACGACUACAUGCGCGACGUGCAAAAGUACGUCGACGAGUGCAACAGAAGAAUAGAGUCUGCGCAGCGACGUCUGGAAAAGACGCCCGAUGAGAUCCGCCAGACCAAUGUUUUGUUACGAAACAUUGCCGACCUCUCCACGACGAUUGAAGACAGCCUCCUCGAAGUCGAAAUCCUAGGCUCCAUGUCCGAAGUUGCCCGCGCCCAAGACGAGCUCUUCCGUGCCCGUCUUGCGAUGCAGACCAAGGCAGAGCGCGAAAAGGAACUAAAAGCCCUCUCUGACACCUCAGGCCCCUCUGGCCACCAGAAACUGCAGGUCUGCGACGUCUGCGGCGCAUAUCUCAGUCGCCUGGAUAACGACCGUCGUCUCGCUGAUCACUUCUAUGGCAAGAUGCAUCUGGGCUACGCGCAGAUGCGCCGCACCUACGACUCGUUCCCUAAGGAUAUGAAGUACAGACCGCGCCAGAACGACGAUGAUGGACCUCCACGAGGAUCUCGCAGCGGUGGUGGCUAUAGAGGUGGCCGCCCGAAUCGCAACCGGGGAGGUUGGUGAGGCAAUCAUUCUAGUGUAACAGCAUUUGUGGGAUCUAGCAUUGGUGUACGGCGUUUUUAUUUCAAUAUUUGGUGUACAAAAGCUACAUGUAGAAAAGCAAAUCAAUUCAUUAAUAGCACACUUUUUGUUGUGAUUAUUGAAUAUCCAUUACAUGCGUACAAGUACACAAAGGGAGCACAUAUUGGAACAGAUGUGGUAUCUUUGAAAGUCAUUUAGAAUUCGGCAAUCAUAUCUGUUUUAGUUUUACAAACGGUCUCUGUGAAUCGUAUCACCAAACAACUUUGUCGUGACCCAAGCAACCUUAAAAAUACACCGAGGACGGUACCACAAACGCCGAUAUCCAGAUAAAAAUAUAAGACUAAACAUAUCCAAUCAUGCUGCAGCAUUCAUCAUUUCUUCAUAUUCCUCCACCUCAUCUCCCCAGUUGCCGCUUGCGGGAGGCGGAGCAAACAACAGUGAUUCCAGGGUUGCGGGUUGUAACAGUUCAGGCUUCACGGCUUCAGGGUCAGGCUUCGCAGGCUCCUGCUUAGGAACCUCAUCUUUAGCAGGUACUUUCUCGCGGUUGAGUAGAUGAGGGAACAAGUCAUCCUUCUUAGAAACUGGGGUUCUGGAACCGGGGGAGGUUGACUUGCCCGGACGGCCCCGGCCCUGGUUGCGUCCUCUCCCGUUGCCAGCCCCUCGUCGUCCGUUGCCUCGUUCACGGGUCGCUUCCUGGCCUUGACUAUCGCUUUCUGGAGGUGUUGAAUCGUCGGCUUUGGCAAAGCGACUAGCUUUCAGACCGCCACCACGAGCACCUCGGAUGCCUCCAUUUGCUCCUCGAAACGUUCGACGGGCUUCUUCCUCAAGCACCUCAUGCUUGCCCGCAUCCCAGCCGCCCUCCUUUAUCUUCAUAGCCUUGAGCUUUCUCUCUCUAUUCUUUGCUCUCUCAUCAUCUAGUUGACGGCGCUCUUCAUCAGCGCGACGCUUGCGCUCAGCCUCCUCGAGGCGCUUCUUGCGCGCUUCCUCCAUGCCCCUGGCAUACGCUUCCUCGUGUUGCUUCUGAUCCUGGUUCGCCUUUUCGAAUUUCCGCGUCUUUUCUUCCGAUAGAAGUUUCAUCUUCUCCAUCUUGGCCGUAAUUUCAGCUUCUGUCAAUUUCUGUCUUGGGUUGGCACCGGAUUGGGUGCGAGCAUCAUUGACAGGCGGCUUAGGUGUGGGAGGAGUGGCGGCAGGUUUUUCUUUCUUCUUGUUGGCAGCACCCUCACCACCUUUGCGCUUCUUUGAGCUGGAUCGUGGCUUUUUCCCAUCAGGAGGAGUAGUUGUAGUAGUAGCAGGGACAGUUGGAGCAGUCGGGACUGGAGGCGGAAUCGCUGCCGCUGGCAGAGCAGGUUCGAUGGCUGGUGAGGCUUUCGCUUUGGCUGCCUUGGGAGGUUUUUGUGAUUGUUUGUAGUUAUUUUUCGGUGUAGUCUUCCUCUCUGGAGCCGGCUUAGGUGUCACAGUCGGCGCCUCGGCAGGUACAAGCGCCUUUUCUUCCGCAGGUUUGUCGGCGAAGCGUGAGUUGGCCAGUGUCUUGGGCGGUGGCAGCUGUCGCCGGGGCUCGUCCACUGGGAUACUCUCAAUUGGUGGAGGUUCUAUAGGUACAAUAGGGAUUGAUUCGACAGAGGCAAUGUAUGAUUCGAGUACCGAUGGCGGUUCGAUGUAAGGCGUGGCCUCACCGUUGACGGGCUCAAAGUCAUCAUCAUCGUAGAAGAGGUCGUCGUCGGUGCGGCCACUGAAUUGAUCCUCCAUGGCGCGAUGACUUGGGGGUGUUGCAAUGGUAAAAUAGUAUAUAGCAGGAAUAUGUGUGUAAAUCGUAGGAUAUAGUUUUCUGUUGAAUAGCGCGAAUAGCAAUCGUGGACAAAUUAGCGACAGUUGCAAAGUUAAGUUGCGAGGUUGGCCGGUUGCGUGUGGCGGGC